GGUGGUAUGCUUAGAAAUAAGGAGGCUGGAAACAAACUGCGCUCCACUCUGCCAGUUUUUCCUGUGAAAUAAAUUAAAGACCGCGGUGAUGCGCCGGACGGUCCUGUCGGCCCAGGUCCGGGGGUGCGCAUGCGCAGUUGGAGGAGCCGCGUUACCCUUGCUGAGCGGCGCGAUGUUUGUGGAUGCGGGGGGUCGGACGAGCUCUGCUGCUGCUGCUGCUGCAGGUUCCCACCACCUGGGGCAGGUGAUGGCCGCGGCGCGCUCUCUGACAGGAGGCUGCCGGCACGCGCACGGAGGACGUUCCAGGCGACGCGAGCGAAUUGUGGGAAGAUGCUGAGGUGACGGGCGUGCGCAACAAGAAACAUCCCUGUGACGAGAUGAUCCUGUGGCCUCUUCUCCGCUGCUCCGUCCAACCGAUGGCCCCUGAAGCAUAGCGUACGCCGAGGGGCCCCGCUGCCGGUUGGCUCAAACGGCGAGAAGAGCAGAGCCACCAUGAUGGCGCUGAUCACACAGAAGCUGCAGGAGCAGAGCCUCAGUGACCGGUCCUGCAAAGCCUUUCAUAUCAGCCUGCACGCUGGAAACCUGCACCCAAAAGUUGCGCUCUACCCCUAUGCAGUACGCGCAGAAGAGAAGCUCUGGGGGUUGACCAGCCAGGGUUGUGCCUUGCAGAUUGACAGUGUGACCGGCACUCCGAAAGGUCCCUUGACAUGUCCUCUUGGUGCUGCAGGCAUGGGGCUCGAUCUGCCACGGCACCAGAGCGAGCCCGGCUUUAGAACUACUACAUUCCCCAGCAGUCCAAGCAGUGGUUGUGAACCUGAUGGACCGUCGACCCUUCCUGGCCACAUCAGCAAACUAACCCUCAACGAGAACAGCGGGUCGCCUUUGGCCCCUCCCACGAAGCGCCACUGUCGCUCGCUGUCUGAGCCAGGCGGGCUUUCUCGCUGCCGCUCGCCGUGGAAGCCUGGCAGCGGCUCUAAGAUCUGGACUCCCAUUUCCAAGCAGCGCUGCAGUAGCGGUGGUGUGGUCUCGCUCCACUGUGGUAACAGCCUUGGCGGCGGCGGCAGCAGCUUCCACCAGCCAGCCUCUCCCUCCUGUGGGCGUGGCCAUCUGCUUGCCACCGGCAGGGGUACCCCGGGCGUGGCCAUGUCUCCUGUGCCGCGGCCCGCGUCCGCCAGCAGCGGCUUUGUGGGCAGCGGCGGGCAGAGCAGCGGACCUUCCUCACCCUCUUCCUCCUGCUGCUCCUCCUUGGCAGUGCCCCGGCACUCCGCCGGCUCCCGCAGCGCGUUCCCUGGCAGGCGGCUCUCGUUGUCCCAGGAACACAUCCCUGACUCCGCCAGCAGCACGCCCUUGUCCACCCCGGAGCUGGGCCGAAGGCUGGGCCUGCCGCGCUGUCGCUCCCAGCCCUGCGUGCUCCAGGACCGCAAGGGUGGCCUGAAGCGCCGAAGGGAGGAUGAGGUGCGCUGGAGUCGCCCCUCGUUGGACUUCCUCAAAAUGACCCAGACGCUGAUGAAUACCAGAGGCCUUCGUUUCUUGGGUGAUGAGGAGCUCCACACGAGAACCGUCGUCUCGUCGUCCCCCGCGUCCGGCACGGAGACGACACCCAGCCGGCGCGGGUUCGACCCGGAGGAGGUGCCCGUCGGAGACGGCGACACCAGCGACUGCGAGAGCGCGGAAGACGCGGCCUUCCCGUUGGACUGCGGAGACCUGGAUCUGGAGCAGAUCGAGAACAACUGAGCGUGGGAUGCGGACGCUGGCCGACUCGGCGACGCUGGAAACGACCCGUUACGGGGCGGGAGCUCGGCGACGGUUCGGGGGACGAGGCGCAGGGUAGCGACUCUGCUCGUCCCCUCCGCGGUGCUGUCUUCGGGCAAAGAAAUAGCGAGAUGAAUGUUAGGUGGCUCUGCAUUGCAGCUUAGUUGUUGAAGGGAGUAAACAGGCUUGUUAUACAAGAUUUGAAAUGAUAUUCUUGUAGACAUCUAAUGUUUCUCAUGCUUUCUGCAUGGGUAGACGUAACAAAUCUGAACUUUUUUUUUACGUGUUUCUCUUUUCUUUUGGGCAGCGGGUAACACUUUGGGGCUCUCCGGUGAGGAAUUCGCUCUGUCGAAAUUGUCGAACUGGAAAUUUUGUCUUUCACCAGCGUGCAGUUCAAAUCAGGCUGGUGUUCCAAUACUGGGCAGCAGGUGGCGCAGUGGUUAGUGGUAGCGCCAGUUGCUGCUUUGCCUUUAAAGAACCCAGGUUAAAGUCCCACCUCUUGCUGUGGUACCCUUGAAAAAGCAAAAAAAGAAAAAUUGCCCUGCUAUUAAAAAAAAA